AUGGAGUUGGGUAGUGUUAUCCAGUUUCUUGAGAACAGGACCAUUUUGGUCACUGGUGCCACUGGCUUUCUAGCAAAGAUCUUGGUGGAGAAGAUACUCAGAGUUCAACCAAAUGUAAAGAAGCUCUAUCUUCUUCUAAGAGCAGCAGAUGCCAAGGCAGCCUUGCAGCGCUUGCAUGAUGAGGUCAUUGCAAAGGACUUGUUUAGGGUUAUAAAGGAGAAGUGGGGAGCUAACUUAAGUUCUUUUAUUUCCGAAAAAAUCAUUCCGGUCCCGGGUGACAUUACCUGUGAGAACUUAGGAGUUGAUGACACUAAUUUGGUGGAAGAGAUGUGGAGAGAGGUAGAUGUUGUUGUUAAUUUAGCUGCCACAACCAACUUUGAUGAAAGAUAUGAUGUCGCACUGGGUAUUAAUACAAUGGGAGCUAAGCAUGUUAUGGACUUUGCAAAGAAAUGCGUCAAAAUAAAGCUACUUAUGCAUGUUUCUACAGCUUUUGUUUCUGGUGAAAGGGAGGGACUGAUACUAGAGAAUUCAUACUGCAUGAGUGAGACACUAAAUGGAGCAUCUGGAUUAGACAUUGACAUAGAGAAAAAUGUGGUUGAGGAGAGAUUGAAUGAACUUCGAGAAGAAGCAGCUUCAGAAAAAACUAUUGCAAGGGCAAUGAAGGAUUUGGGCAUUCAAAGGUCGAGGUUGUAUGGAUGGCCAAACACCUUUGUAUUUACAAAGGCAAUGGCAGAGAUGUUGCUAGGGCACUGGAGAGAAAAUUUACCACUUGUUAUUAUUCGUCCUACCAUCAUAACCAGUACAUACAAAGAACCAUUCCUUGGUUGGGUUGAAGGUUUCAAAACGGUUGAUAGCUUCAUCAUUGGUUACUGUAAAGGAAGAUUUACAUGCAUGAUUGGUGAUCCCGAAUCAGUAAUUGAUGUGGUGAGUUCAUUCAUUUUCUUUUUAAUCAAGUAAACAUAUAUGAAAACGAAUGGAUAGGAUUAACUUGGAAAAUGAAAAUAUUUUCCCCCUCCCCGGCCAGUCAAGCAAACACAUACCCAAUAAUAUCACCCCUAAGAGAGCUGAAACACUUAACCUUUCUCCCCUUUACUUACCGGAAAAAUAAAAUAAAAUAAAAUAAAAUUACAAACUAGCUAUUGCUUUGUUGUUUGCUGUAGU